AUCUCAUCGGUCAACACACGAACAUAAAAAUGUGGUUUUGUGAAGGAAUUUGUGGAACUUUGUCAAAUAUUCUGCUGAUAAUUGCAGUCAUUUUAGCACUGCAUUAUGUCUAUUUGUUAUCAAACCGAAAUUAUUGGAUCAAUCGUGGAGUUUUCUCACCAAAUUCUGGUGCAUUAUUUGGAAACUUACCAGGCCAAGUGAAUGGAAAACGACACAUUAUGUAUGAGUUGGACGAAUUGUAUAAAAAGUAUAAAAGCAGCCACGCAUACAUCGGAAUUUUCAAUUUUAGAAGUCCACGAUUUUUGGUUUUUGAUCCAGAAGUUGCAAAAGAUAUUUUAGUAAAAUACUUUAAGAAUUUUCAAGGAACUGAAUUGUAUGGCAAGAUUGAUGAGAAAUCAGAUCCUCUUUUAGGUGGACAUAUGUUCGUUCAUAUUGGUGAGAAAUGGAAAAAUACUCGACAAUCAAUUUCGCCAGCUUUUACAAAUUUGCGAAUCAAGGCCACACAUCCAAUUUAUGUAAAUGUUUAUGAGAAAAUGAAGAAUUUUAUAAAGAAUGAAGGUACAAAGAAGAACUUUAGUGGAUUUGAUGCAAAAGAUCUGUGUGCUCGUUUUACGCUCUCAGUUGUUUCUAACAGCAUCUACAAUGUUGAUCCAAAGGUUUUUGAUGGAAGCGAAUCUGAAAUUCUUGCAAGAGCUCAAUCGUUCCUCACACCAUCAAAAAAAUUCAUGAUUUUUUCAAUAUUGUACAGUAUUUAUCCAUUUUUGACAAAAUAUUUUAAAAUGACCUUUACUCAGCCAGGCUCUGAAAAGUUUUUUCUCAAUCUAAUGAUGGAUUCAAUGAGGCAGAGGGAGGCAAGUGGAAUCAAAAAUUUAGAUUAUUUGGAAUAUCUGAUAGGAUUAAAGCAUAGAAAAGAGAUUGAUGAUUUGGGAAUUGCAUCACAUGGAGCAUCUUUUCUGAUUGAUGGUUAUGAUACAUCAAGCAAUGCAAUAGCUGCAGCUUUAUAUGAACUCGCUCGUAAUAAAAAGAUUCAAUCAAAAUUACGUGAAGAAAUCAAAUCAAAGAUGCCUAAUGAUGAAGACUUUACAUAUGAUAAUAUUAUGGCUUUAGAUUAUCUAGAUCAAAUUUGGCAUGAAACUUUACGUUGUCACAAUCCAGGCAGCUACCUAGCCCGUUUAUGCACCGACCCUAUUACCCUUAAUCUACCAAAAGAAAAGAAAGUUCAUUUUAUACCCGGUGAUGUUGUAUACAUUCCAGUUCAAUCAAUUUUUAAGGAUCCUGAAUACUUUAACAAUCCACUCAAAUUUAGUCCUGAAAGGUUCGCACCAGAAAAUGGAGGUGUUAAGGCUUUUAUGGAUCGUGGUGUCUUUUUUCCUUUUGGAUUAGGACCAAGAAUUUGUAUCGGAAAUCGAUUUGCAUUAGCACAAGGAAAAUUUGGUAUUGCAGCUUUGAUUAGGGAUUUUGAAGUUUCAUUGAAUCCAAAAACAGUUGAAGAUAGUGAAAUUCAUCCACAGGCAAUUAUUGUUGGUGUCACUAAUUGCUUUUUGGAAUUUAAGGAGAUUUGAAAGAAAUCAAAAUGAUGAUUUUAAGUUUUCAAAAAAUUUAUUUUUCAUUUAUUGCUGGAGACAGGACUGGAAACAUUCAAAAUUCAUCUAAAAAUCAUACAAUUUGCUGCUAAUAACAUAAAAAUUAAUAAAGCUUUGAAUCUACAUAAUAGAGCACUCAGUGAUCUUCUGCUGCUGUACAGAUUUCAACUCUUUUCCCUCAAAACAAUUUCUCACAUUUUCAGCAACAUCCUUGUACACAGGAAAAGCCAAUGUUUGCAUUUUUGAAUGCACCAAUGUUUCAUUGAUUUUCACCUCAAAACUUCCUCUUCUUCCAAUUUGACAUUCAACUUUUGCUUCCGGAAUUGUUUCGUUAAGAAAUUCUUUCAAUUCAUGACAUUGACGCUUAAAAUCGCAAACAGCACAAUAUUCUAUAUUGACCGAUACUUCAGAUGGUUGUGACAUGAUUUGGUGACGUUUGUGUUUUUGUGGCGAAUAUUUGGAAUUAUUUUCGACAAUUUUAAAUUUUAAAGAUUAAAAUGAUAAAUAUU